AUGUUGAUCACUCUGACAGUUUUGAGUCUUUUAUGUUGUUACCAAGAAGCCGUAGCUGAAGGAGGAGCGAAUCGAAGUAUCCAUCAGAGGAAUGGUUCCAUAGCACCCAGCGCUAGUACUAGCUCUAACAGUCGACCGGCUACCAAUUCAACCGUGAGACCAACUACACCGAAAAGUACUCUUAAUGUGAAUAAUUCGAACACGCCUAAUAAACCGAAAAAUUCGGUAAAUAUAACUCUUCAUGAGCACGAUAUCCCGUUUUUCUCCGCCGACUUCAAAAAUCGUUUAGCAACAUGGAAAAAACUCUUGCAGAAUACUUCAAGGCACUGCAUCGAACCAAACUAUACCAACCAGAGGCCCAUAGAGAUAGAUUUUCCAGUUUUCGGAGUGAAAGAAGAUGUCGAGGAUGGCUUUUUGCCCUUGGAAACUAUACUGCCGGUUCUAGUGAGACGAAGGAAAAAACAUGACCUUGUCCAAAUCGCUUACAUGGCCAUUUUGGAGUUAUGGCCUCUUCUAGUGCUAUGCUUCUCAUGUGCUGCACUGUCGGGAAUUCUAGUGUGGAUACUUGUAAGUUGUUUUUGCACGAGGUCAUUCUUGUAACAGAGUUAAGGGUUACCUUCAGUGAAUCGUAACUUUAAGCGACUUCAAAAUAAGGCCUCUUUCAAACGUCGUGCUACUGCCGUGCUAAGCUGGCUCGACUGUAUCUCGACUGCAGCACGACACUAGCACGACUUGGUUUCAGACGUCGAAUUUAAUUCAGUCGAAUAGAACGGCUGUUGCCGACAAAACACAAAAAUAAAAAACGGUUUAGCAAAUUUUUAUAUGUAUUCUAAUGUAUUUAUAAUUUAUGAAUUGAGUUCGGUACGGCGGUAGCAUGACGUUUGAAACCAAGUCGAGCUACUGCCGUGUAGCACGGCAAGGCGGCUAAACAGCAGUAGCACGACUUGGUUUUGCCGUGCUACACAGCAGUAGCACGACUUGGUUUCAAACGUCGCGCUACUGCCGUGCUAAAGUCGAAUUUAAUUCGAUUGAAUUGAGUUCGGCACGGCAGUAGCACGACGUUUGAAACAGGCCUAAAUCAAAGCGCCUUUGGUUUUAACGUUUUAAAUAUUUCAAAAGAAAACUGUUAAGACUAGAGAUUAAAAUAUAUGUGUAUUUCUAGCAAAAAAUAAGAUUCAACCGACAUAACCAUAUUAAUAAUUAACUAAAGUUAAAUGAAUGCAAAAUAUUUGCCGACUCUUUGAAAAUAAUGAUAAAUCAAUUUUUAAGCUACAAUUUUCUAACAGCUACUGCUUCAUUUCUAAAGGACAGCAGAUCAAAUCCGGAGCAGUUUCCUAAGCGAUUUUGGCGGGGAAUUUUUGAUGGAAUUUGGUGGGCCAUCGUAACCAUGACAACUGUUGGGUAAGAACACGAGAAGAAUGUUGAGAACGUUUUACAUAAUUUUUAUACUAUUCAUCCCGUCAGAAUGUCAUUUUACACUUUUUUCAUUUCACCCCCCCCCCCCCCCCCCCAAACUUCGGCCGCGCUUCUUUUUUGGGGGCCGGGGGAAUCCACAAAACAACAGUUCUCAGUAACAAAAAUAAUUUCUUUUUCCUGUGGGGGGCAAAUGGAGGAAGAAAAAAAAAAUAAAAAAAAAAAAACGCCACAAGAGCCAGGAGGGAAAGAAAAAAAAAAAAAAAAAUCCCUUUUUUCCUUCCCCCCCCCCCCCCCCCCAAAAUUCGGUGGCUGCAUUGCUCUUGGAGCGACUGGCAAUUCGUAAAACCAGAUGUCUUCAGUAAUAAAGCUGUACUGUUUCCGUGUGGGAUCAGAUGAAUGAUAGCAAUAAUGAAACCAGAAAAAGAUGGCCUCAAAACGUUUAGGGACAAAUUAUAAACAAAAAAAAGAAAAUUGAAUUGAUGAAAUGGGUCCUUGAAUGAAGUAGUUAUAUGAAAUAGACAAAUUGACACGCGCGCACUACUGAUAGAUGGAUAAGACGUCAACAGCUUGGUCACCAUCUGCCAACAACCGCCCCACCAAGAACUACAUAUAUUCAUACGGAAAUAUAUGUUCAAUGGACUUAACAUGUACACCUUUCAUAUUUUCAUAGCUAGACGGUUUAACACGAUGCAUUAUAGAUAGGAGUGGACGUUCCCUGGAGUUUGAAACUUUGUUAAUAAUAGACCUCUUUACCGAAACGGCGGCCAUAUUGAAUUAGUUCGAUUUAAGGAGUAUUAUAGAUGCCCAGGGGGCAUGAGCACAUUUCGUUUGUAUUUUCGAGUUUUUUUCGGGUCAUUUUUUCUUAAAGUUUUGUUAGAAUAAAAUUGUAAUGUAAUGAUCGCCUUUUUCUAGUUUAGUAUUAGAAUGUAAUCUUUCACUGUAUAUUUCUCGGAAAAAAGGCGAUCAUUAUUACAUCCAAACACGGCACAAAGAUCUUUUUUCCCAUUAUAAUCUUAUUCUAAGAAAACUUUAAGUAAAAAUGUCCCGCAAAGCGCUCGAAAAUACAAACGAAAUGUGCUCAUGCCCCCUGGGCAUCCUAUAAUACUCCUUAAAUCGAAUUAAUUCAAUAUGGCCGCCGUAUCCGUAAAAAGGUCUAUUUUGCGAUCUUGCCUCUCUAAGAAAUCGUAUACACUUACAGGUGUAGACGUGUAUUUUCCUUUUAAAACACCAAGCUGAGUAGAGAGCCGGAAAUAGCUGACCUGCGCGUCCACAGUAACGACCCCAGAAACAAUUUCGGGACUCAUUUCGGUUCCAGGGGCCCGUUUCUCGAAAGUCCAGAUAAUUAACGGGCUCGUAAAGCCGUUGUUGAUUACAUACAAGAUAGAGGUUUCAAUAGUUUUGCAUCUAACAUGAUAAAACGAUCAGUUCGUGAAAAACAAUGGAAUAGUUUUAUAGCCAGGACCCGCGCUCUUAUUCUUUAUAUUUCGAUUUGAAUAUUUGAUUUCGGGCCCGAAACGUUAUCGGGACUUUCGAGAAACGGACCCCAGCUCUCUUCUCGUUUCUGAUGUAGCGAACGCAGAAAAAGGUCAGAUGGGCAAACUAUGAUUGCAGCGCGCACCCGUUCAGGUCUAUCAAAGUGUCAGUGGCAGAGAAUCAAUUUAAUACAACUGGUGAUAAGUGCUUUUUUCUAUUUUAGGUAUGGAGACAAGACCCCCAGGUCACUGUUAGCUCGACUCUUUGCAAUAGUAUGGAUGGUUUCGGGCAUCAUUUUGCUGUCCAUGUUUACUGCCCAAGUGUCGUCUCGUCUAACAGCUCAGGAACUAAGGAGUGAUCACCAUUUAUUUGGUAAAAAGGUAAACCGGAUUUUUCCCUUCUUUUCUUUUUUCUCUCUUUUUUUUCAGAAUACAUUGCUUGACUCCUGACUUGGUUUACUAUAUAUAGUUUGCAAGGGUGUUAACAAAAGACAAAAAGAUACGCCGUAAUGUCUUUCACAUUUUAUUACUUACUUUUGCCAGCGGGUGUUGUUAGGCGAGCAUGCGCCUUAUACUUUGUUGCUGUUCACUCGUGCUCUCGGCAGCCAUAUUAUCAUGGUAAGCGAGUACGUAGUUGUUCCUAUUAAACCGUAACUUUUAGCUUUUCACGGUCAUCCUUUUUGUCGUUAAUGGAGUUGGCUAUCCCCCCAAAUUAAAGCUAAGCUGAAAUCAAGACAACAGGACAUAUCGUGGAGUCUUUGACAUGAUACAUUAACUUGGCAUUCCUCCUCAAAUUAAAGCCCCCCUUGUUCGGUGUUGAUGUCUUUCACUUGCUUAGCUUACUUCAGGCUAUCCCCCAAACUAAAACAUCCCUAGUUAGGCCUGCGUGUGUUUUCUACUCCAAAAAACGUUAGACUAGAAUUUUUGAUUGCCAGACUCAGAGAUAUCAAUAUCAAGUGCUCUGUGACCACUUUUUUGAGAAAGAGGUUUUUAUGAAUUCAUUCAUUUUGCAGGUUGGAGUACCGCCGAGCCUUUACGGUUCUGAUUAUGUUGACUACAAGAUGACGUAUUCUAGAGUGGAAGGUAUUUAUGACUGCUUUUUGCGAGUGUAUAUGAAAACGUCUAGUGGGGAGAGUUCAAACGCCAUGAUUUUUUUAUUCUUUCCUAGUACGCCAGGGGUACCCAACGACUGUUUUCUGUAAAAUAUCUGUUCGGAGAAGUAAAUAUUGCCGAAUUUGCGGAAGCCCAACUAAUAAAUUCCCUCGGAGGCUUGAUUUUUCACAUUUCACUCCCCAGGUUAGGCUAUUUUUCGUAGAACAAAGGAAACCUAAAAUUUUCGGAUUCAAAAAUGUGACGGAAAGGGGAAUCAGAAAAAUUCUCUCCUUCGUAAUACGUUAAAUUGCACCUAAUAUUUUCGGAAAAUAAUACUGUAGCCCUUGUAAUUUCGAAAGUACUCAAAUACCCUCGGAUGGCCGAACAGAUACAAAUUUUAUAGCGCCGCUUAGAAUGCAUUUCUAGAGAUCUUAAGUACUCUGGAUAGCCUAAAAUGUGUUUUCAGUGUAUUUAGGAGGAAACCGUCGUUGCAUGAAACGCUUUCAAUACUGUCGCAACUGAGAAACAGUCCCAAACAGUAUAGUAUCGUAUCCAAAACUAUCGAAUACGUAAGACUAGUUAACACAGUGGCAUGACAGCAGAAUUAAAUUGUGUUAUUUCGCUGCUAAGCCAACCGAAGGAAGUAGAGGAGCAUGUUUGACCUUUAUUACAGUUGACAUCUUACCGACAUAAAAUUUUCAGAAUUUUACCUGUAUUUUAACAAUUAUUGUAAAAUUUGAGAUUUAGUUUCUCGGGGCUCCCAUGACAAAUUUUCUUUGGUGUUACUACAGAUGACUAAUUAAAUCUUUAGCCCUUGAAAAAUGUAAAAAAGGAUGCAAUAUUCCUUAAAUUAUCCUGGUACAAGGUUUUUGUCUACGGAAAAUUAAAGUUACUCAAUUUCCUGGUGGAUUCCGUCUUAAUAUAUCGAGAGUGGGCUAUUGCUAUUUCCUGGCUCUGUCCCUUUGCAGAGAUUGAGAAUGAAACAGCGCUGGACCACUCAGAUCAGCUGGACUCAAUAGUGAUAUUCCACUGUGAUGGAAAAAAAGAGAAAGAUUGGGAGGUGCUCCAGUUUAUGCCAGCAUGUCAAGUUGGUGCGAAAGUUAACUUUAGAAUUCACACACCUUCUUCAGAUGAGUACCGGAAGAUCGAUACUGAACUGAAUGAUCUCAGAUGCUUAAAAAUGAGGACGGCCCGCAAAUACAUGACGUAUUCGCAAGAAAGCCAUGGGAGUGAAACAAAGAUGCACAGGACCUGCAACGAGUUCUUGGAGAAACAAGACAAUCGAAAGUUUGAGUUCAAGUGGGUUUAUUUCACAGAUCUUUCGCAGUACCUUAUUCCAUUUGGUGCUGUGGUUGGUGCAAUCGUCUUAGCUUUCAUCAUUGGCGCCAUCUGGGAAUGUCGAAAGAGAGGAAAGAAAUCAGGUAAAUUUAACUCGAGUUCCACCAACAUUGCUGGCGUUAUAAAAAGUUGUGAUUAA